UGACACCGGACGGCGGCAGGCAUGAGGCUGCUGAGAGAUGGAGUUGGGCCCGGCCCCCAGACACAGCCCACGGGCUCCGCCAGCAGCAGGUCCCUCGGUCCCAAGCCCUUGCUGCGUCCCAGACCCACGAGAUGGAGCCUGGACAUAGAGGCCCUUCUGUGCUGCCCUGCUGGCCCCCGCCUAGGCGGCAGCCUGCCUUGUGGCCAACCCUAGCCGCUCUGGCGUUGCUGAGCAGCGUCUCCGAAGCCUCCCUGGGCCCUUCGCCCCGCCUCCCCGCCACCCGCGAAGGCCCCGCGCCUGUCCCGGCGUCCCCCGCCGGCCACAUGCCGGGGAGCCGCGCGGCCCGCUGGUGCGGCGGAAGAGCCCGGCGGCCACCGCCCCAGCCGCCCCGGCCGGCGCCCCCACCGCCGUCGCCCUGGCCCUCGCCCUCCCGCGGGGGCCGCGCGGCGCGUGCCGGGGGCCGGGGCGGACGCGCGCGGGUCCCGGGGACGCGGGACUGCCGCCUGAGCUCGCAGAUGGUGCCGGUGCGCUUGCUUGGCCUGGGCCACAGCUCCGAAGAACUGGUGUCUUUCGGCUUCUGCAGCGGCUCUUGCCGCCGGGCUCGCUCCCCGCACGACCUCAGCCUGGCCAGCCUGCUGGGCGCUAGGGCCCUGCGGCAGCCUCCGGGCUCCCGGCUGGUCAGCCAGCCCUGCUGCCGACCCACGCACUAUGAGGCCGUCACCUUCAUGGACGUCAACAGCACCUGGAGGACGGUGGACCGGCUCUCAGCUACUGCCUGCGGCUGCCUGGGCUGACGGCUCUCUCCAAGAAUUUGCAGAUGGCACCCUUACCUGGGGAUCUUACCCUCUGGAAGGGGCCAGGGGCCUCAGCCAGAAAUGGGGGCAAGUGAUGGGCAUCAGCCCUGGACAGAGGGACGACUGCCAGGCAAGCAGCCCACGGUCCUCACCCUGCGAGUCCCAGCCCUACAGACACCAGAGACCUCAGCUAUGGAGACCUUAGGACCCACUUCUCACAGACUCUGGCACUGACCAGACCACAGACCCAGGACGCCUCCUCUGAAGAACCCAGCAGUGUCUGAGGUGGCAGCCUCAGCCCAGGUCCCAGGGAGACAGAAUUGGAGGAGAUACAUUGCAGUCGCAUUGCUGAAGUGCCUGUGCUGGAGGGGACCUGGUACUCACUCCUGGGAGCUGGACCCCUAUUUAUUAUUUCUAAGUUAUUUAUUUACUUCUGUGGUUUGUCAGAUCUUUUCCUGGGCAGUGGGGGCUGUAUGUGUAGAAGCAGGUGUCUGGAGAUCACGCCCUGACCAUCCCAACUGCAGGCUGACUCAGCAAUCACAGCAGACCUGACCCAGAUCUCCAACUGCUUGUUCCAGCCAGCAGCUCUGGGACACGAGGGGGCAUGGAACACAGAGUGGGUGGCAAAGGUGCGUGCACCAGUCCUGGCAGGCCAGCUCACAACGCCUUGCACCAUCCCCAGCACUUGGGACUUGGGGUUACCGGUAAGGAAAGCCCUACCUUACCGGUAACCUCAAGCAUCCUGGGGACCUUGCUUAAUGGGUAAAGACACAGAGAAUCACACAUUGCUCCACUCCCCUCUCAUAGAUCAGUGUCCUAACCCUCCAGGUCACCCUGACAGGUGCAUUCGCUGCCUCCACUUGCAGAUGGUCCAGCAUGGGGAGCUCACUACCCACAUUGCAUGAAGCAGCCCAGGGCAAGAGAGCGUCUGAGAGGCCAUUGGGAGGCUGGCUUAGGGGGAUGAAGGACAGAGCAUCAAAGGGUUAAGAAUGCAGGAAAGGACUGAGGGCCCCAAGAGGGCCCUACAUCUUGGGUGAUGAACAAGGAUAUUCAUUUAUUCAUUCAAGAAGUAUUUAUUAAGUACGUUUUAUAUGUCAAAUACUGCGUAGACACGAGGGAUACAGAAGGGAAAGGGACAUGAUCUCUGCCCUUAAGCUUAACCUAGAGACAGACAAUAAAUAGUUACAUAAAUAAUUAUUUAAAUUCAAUUUGGCAAGUAGUAUGAAAAAGGACAGGAAACUAAGAGGCGCACACCUUCAUCUGGAAGGAGGAAGAGGUUAGUGUUGACCCUGGCCUUUCACACUGUCCCUGCGUCAUCUCCAAGAAGUCAAUGCCAUCGCUCCGAGCUCUUCUGCAUGUCCUGUGAAACCUUGUUUCCUGGGUCCUAUGACUCUGUCCUCUAUGAUUUUCUUCUUUGGAAAUAAGAUGGGGACAUGUGUGUGGAAAGCAUGCAGAGUCUGAGGAACGGGGGGACAUCCGGAGGGCCCAUCGGGAGGCCAUGAGGUAAGCUAGUCUGGAGUGGAGGAGGGAGGUCUAGGCUGGAGGUCGAUUUGGCAGCUAUGAGCAGAGGCAGUGUCUGCAGCCAGGAUGCAUGACAGCAAGGCAGGUUCAGGGUGGGAUACCUCAGGCGUUUGACACUGCUGACCAAAAGUUCUUCCAAACGGUGGAAGUGCCUACCUGCUUUGGCACAGGUGCCCUUUCACCCGGGCUAGAGUGAGGAGCUGGCAAGAGUUCUCAGGGCUGUGCGCAUUCGGGGUCAAGGAGGAGAAACAAACCUCUGCUUCCACUCUUCUGUGUUCACCGCCUCGGUCCUGAGUGCUCCCAAAACUUUGGCGCUCUCUUGCUGCCGUCAAACACACCCUUGCCCACUCUCUCUGCCUCCAAAGUGAUUCAAGAUCCUCAGUCUCCACACACCCUCCCCCCAAAGAAAAUGGUACCACUGCCAUACCAUUUGCACACACCUCAGAAAGGCCUGGCCCUGGCCCUGAUUGAGAGUGAAGAGGGACAUCCUGUCAGUUCCAGGGUGAUUGGGGCUAGGGAGCUCCUGCUGGAAAGACUUGGAAGCCUGGCCGAGUCCCCAAACUCUCCAGCCCCUCCCUCUCGUUGGACAUCUUCACUCUCAGAGCCAUUUAAAGGAGAUGAAUUGAAGCCAUCUCUGACAAUGCUCACAGCAAAAGAGGCAGGUCAGAACCCAAGCCAAGGAGGCUGGCUCUCCCCAAAACUGCUGGUCCUUGAGGGAGUAGGAUCCUCCCAACUCAAGGCUGUAUUCUGGGCCCCGGAAAGAUUGUGCCCAACAUCUCACAAAGCCCCAGAUGAAACAGCAACUUCAGGAGGCACAUUCCCACAAGAACUCAUAUCAGUUUGCAGCUCACAACAGCCCAAAUCCUCUUAAAAAAAUAAUAAUAAUAAUAAAACUAUUUUCCCCAAAGGAAAAGAGCUGCAGAGCUGCACAUCUCUGCCUACAACUUAGCUGAGGUCACCUGGCACAUGACCUCACCAGGCAGAGCACCUUCACACCUAGGGGCCACAGGUGGCUCUCGUAUCUCCAUUUUUUUACUGUAGUCUUUGUUUCACAUUUGCAAAACUACAUGGCCCAUUUGAGUGGUCUUCCCAGAAUAAUAGCAUGGUCUCCAAAGGGGCAUCAAGUCACCACCUCCUGUAAGAUGGAAAACUAUCGGUGGCUUUAAAAUGAUGGUUUUUCCAGCUUCAGGGAGCACCCAAAACUUCCCUCUAGGUUUCUUUCAUCCAGGAAUCAAGGUCGGGGGUUCCAUAUGCUCCCCCUGCCCCUGCCAAUGGCUUGCCUCCUCUCUUGUCCAGGGAUUGCCAUAUUUCCCCUGGCUAGAGAUCCCUAUGACAGAGUACAUGUGGACUGGCUGACUAGAUGAUGUCUCAUCUUUAAAAGGGGAAGAUGGGUAGAAAACUGAGAAAUCAAAGAUCUAGAAUGUGCGCCAUGUGAGAUUACCUUUCUUGUUCAGAGGAGUGCAUCUUAACCUGUUUUGGAGUUGUGGAGUCCUUAGAGAAUCAUAAAAGCCAAUGAUUCUCCCCCGCCCCCACCCAAAAAAAAUGCUGAAAAAAAAACACUGAUGUGUAAAGCUGGUAAACAAUUUUAGGGGGUUCACAGAUGAUGAAGCUCAUUCAGAGAUUCCUUAGAAGUUCAUGGCCCUCGAGGUAUCAUGCUCUGUUCUAGAUACUAUUAUUAAUGUCCUCCUGUAGCCAGAUUUAUUCCUCCAUCUGCACUCAGGAUUCCAUAUCAGGGCUCUUGGUCUCAGUUAUUUACAAACCUCCCCAUUCUUCAACCUUUUUCUAUUGACUCUCUCCUUUCCUUCUG